UACACCGCCUUCCUGUUCUGGCAGCCCGGCAGAAACGUAGUUCUACUGCGACGAAGAGAAGCACUCUCACUCUCGAUGAACACAAACUCUGCACGCCAGGCACAAGAUAGGGUUGUUAUACGGGCUAGAUAGAUAGUAUCAUCCGAAUACAUUCCGUUGACCCUUUCCAGUCGAACCACACCAUGGCUGCAGACGUCCACCAUGCCGCCACUCGAAUCCUAUCAACCGACGCCUCCCGCGACCCAAACUACGACGAAUUCUCCUUCAUCCCAUUCCUACGGCAAAGUUUCGGCUUCGGCCUCGCCAGCGAUGUACCGGUCUGCAAAGCAUACAGCGAGGGCCACUGCCCGCUCGGACCAGCCUGUCCGGACCGCCACCCGACGCCGACGAGGGUGACGACGUCCACAACCACGGCCUCGGGGCUCGCACCAUCGACGACCCACGGCUCGCUCGUCUGCAAACACUUCCUCAAGGGCCUGUGCAAGAAGGGCCUGAAAUGCGAAUACCUCCACGAGUACAACCUGCGGCGCAUGCCGGAAUGCCAGACCUUCUCGCGGACGGGAUACUGCCCCAACGGCGACGACUGUCUAUACCAACACGUGCGCGAGCAGGCGCGGCUGCCGUUGUGCGAGCACUACGAGCGUGGGUUCUGCGAGCUGGGUCCGCUGUGCGCGAAACGUCAUGUCCGCCGACGUAUCUGCCGGUUCUACCUAGCCGGGUUCUGUCCUGAGGGGAAGGAGUGUGUCGACGCGCAUCCGCGGUGGACAGAGAAUCUACCGAAGCCUACGGUUCGGCUGGAGAAGACCGAGGAGGUGCUGGAGCGGGAGAGGGCGUUGAUUCGAGAGGAACAGGAGAGGGAGAGUCAGCGGGAGCGGGAAUGGAGGAGUGAACGGGGGCGUGGGGGGGGGUUCAUGCGCGGGCGAUAUCGAGGGAGGGGGAGAGUGUAGUACCACUGGUUUCCUGUGUCGCUGCUAGAGAGGCCAUGAGUUUUAUUUGCUAGAGAAUGCUCGAGAUACCCCUGUUCCAGUGUUCGGGAUGCCGUUGCAGAGUUUGACGUAUGGCACCAUGGAGCAUGUCCACAAUCCGGAUAUACCAAGGCUGUGGCACUGGCUAUAUCCGAGUCUGCGGCUCACCAAGCGGACAGUAAUGGCCAUAACUAAGCAGCGGCAUUUAGUAAUCAUCAGUAAUGUGCUUCUAUUUGUGAUUCUCGACCUGUUCCGUGCGGU